AUGCCACCGCGGAUCCCAACACGAGCAUUCUCAGCCACUUUGACAGCUUCAAGAUCCGCUUCUUCCUCAUCAAAACCAUCUUUCCCCGCACCUAAAGCCGGACCAUCAACCUCGGCUUUUUCUUCAACAACUUCUAGUUCACCUACCGCAGUCACAAAAGCCUUGUCUUCUAUACCUACUACACAUAAGAUAGACACGAAAGGAAAGUCUAAAAUACCUUCUGGACCACAACCGAUACCGCCUCUACCUCGUCCCUUGGGAGUCUUCAAUCCCCCUAGUUCAAAUAGGAAAACAUGGUCUCAGAAAAAAGAGGAGUUAUUAGAUGAUGAUAGACAUAAAGCCAAAAGAAAGGCAUUAGUGAAAGAAGCUACACAAGGUUACUUUCAUGAUUAUAAUCGAGCAAGAGUUGAUGGUGGCGGUAAAUUGUGGAUUGCACCUAGUGUCCUGAUUAGAGAAGAUAAAGCACUUUACUUCCCAGAUAUAACAGGAAAAUCAUUGUUAGGUAACGAAACUCAUACGACAGAUUUAAUGAGAGGCAAAGUAUCUUUAGUGUCGGUAAUAACUACAAGAUUAUCAGAGGAACAUGAACAAUCAUUUACCAAACCUGUAUUAGAAGAUAUUGCUGGACAUCCAGAAUUCAAUUUUGUUCAAAUAAAUCAUCAAGAGAAUAAACUAAAAGCAAUGUUAGUGUCAUUCUUGAUUUCAUCUUUGAAAAGGACGAUACCACAAGAUAGGUGGGGUAGUUAUUUAAUUUCAGGAGGAGAAUGGAAUCGUGUAGAUAUUACCAAUCCUUUGGGAAUAGAAAACAAGCUAUUGGGAUACAUCUAUUUGGUAGAUCAAAACCUUAAAGUUCGUUGGGCAGGUUGUGGAAUGUCUACUCCAGAUGAAGCUCAAGCUUUAAGAAGAGCUACUGCUGUUUUAUUAGGUAGAAUCAAAGGGGUAUCGAAUGAGGAAGUGAAAGGAAAAGUGAAUGUCAAAGUAUCAGAAGAUAAAACAGCGCAGUAA